GUCUAGGAAAUGUGUGCAGAAGGGAAUCAGAAAAAAAGCAUAUUGCAUACUGGUUUGUGAACGAAUAGAAUUGGAUAGAAAGGCAACGAUAACGAUAACUUGGCUAGGGGAGGGAUGAAGACGUUACAGAUAAAAUAGUGCACGAAACUGGAUAAAAUUUAAACAGAAAAAAGUACUAUAAAAAUAGUAAUAAUAAUAAUAACUAAAAAGCAACUCAUCACUCUGUUUUCACAACGCUUGUUUUUGCAUUUUUAUUUCCUUCUUUUUCCAAUGCAUACCUAAUACGUAUGUUAGUGCGAAAAAACCAUAAAAUCUACGGGAACGUAAUAUCUAUAAAAUUGGAUUAUACCUCUUUUGGGCUAUUGAAGUCUAUACAUAUAUAUAUAUUCAACGCCUAAAUGAAGUAUAUAUUAUCCUGUCAGCGAUAAACUUUUUCGGCAAAAAUUUGAAUUUUUAACAGCAGUUUUUUUGGUUGUAAUACCUUGAGGAAUAUCUGUCUGAAUGGAUGUAAUAUAAUUGUGAAUUUAGAUAAGCUAGCAUAUUUGUCUGUUCUGAUGUGUUGUACAUUUACUGAGGAAUACUUCAUAUUUUGUAUAAAGGGCAUCAUUCAUAAUCAACACGUGUACAUAUAAAAAAAGUAUAUCUUUAUAUAUCUACACAAACAAGUCCGCAUUGGAUUCAGCCUUUCACAAUGCAAAAUAACAUUGAUCAUAUUUCAAAUAGUAAUGAUGUAAAUAUAAAAACUACCAAUGAAAAAAAUCAACGGAAUUAUACUGAAUUCAACCAAUCAUGGGGCGUGUUUAACGAAGUGAUUAGACAAGUGAAACAAGAAUGUCUAGAACGAGUGAUGAACUUAGAGCAUGAAAAUUUAGUUCUUCAGCAACGCUAUAAGGAGCUUGAAGAACGAGUAUCACCGCUUACAAAGUCGUUGAAUGGACAAGAAUAUUUUAAAGAAUUUCUAAAAAUUUUGUACACCUCAGAAAUGAAUCCUGGUAUAAGUUUAACGCCAACAGCUCAAAAUGGAGAUCCAAAAAUUCCGAAUGCAGUUGAACAACUUACCAGCCUUUUACUUUACACAAACAUUGCCCAAAAAGAUAUCCUUACGAACUGUCAUCAACUACACCAGAGAGUAGCACAGUUGGAGCAAAUAAACUCUGUUCUAUGCUCGAUCAUUUGUGAUAUUGGAGUAAUUUUACCGUUAAACAAAAAAUGCACAACCAAUGAGAAUAAUACUCCACAACAAGAACAACAAGAUAAUGAACGAUCAUCCACAGAGGUUAUUAAAAGUUUAGACUUAUCAAAAAUACUCUGUAAAAUAAACAGUUCAUUCAAAUCGCUUGAGUUGCCAAGUAACAAGUCACAUUCCUGUCUUUCAAAUCCAACAAUACCAAUGAAAAAUCCUAUAAGUGUAAAUUAUAAUUCUGAAGAAAGUAUACCUGUAUACACAAUUACCAAUGCAGAAAGAAACUCAGUGAAUGAUUUCAAGGAUCGUAGCAACUGGAAAGAUAACAGAUCAUUUCAUCCUAUAAGCAACUCAGCUCAUUAUUCUCCUACAAAACAACACACCAGUACCAGCAAUAGUAACUUAAACAAUUUUGCAUGUGGUCAUAAUUUAUACUCCUUUCCACCAAAAUGUACAAUUCGAAGGUCCAGUUUACGAUCGGAUACAAGUUUGAGUGAAUCCUGUUCCAGUACAUUUGGUCUUGAUAUCCAGCUAAAUAAGAAUACACAACCGCAAGAAGAACAACAGCUCAAUUCACCAAGGCUUGAAUGGACACGAUCCAAGUCUCUUCCUGUGUUAGAAACAAAUUCACUCCGAACAAAUGUUGAUUCCGUAUCGAAAGAAAUUUGUUUACGGACAGUAUCCUUGACACAACUUAAAAACUCACCACCCUCAUUUCCCAUAUCUACCUAUCCAAUUAAACGUGUGAGUGGACAAAUGAUAAUGUCGUCGGAAAAUUUGUUAAAAGCUGAAGCAGAUUUUCAUAUUCUUGAAGUAAUGAGUGAUUUAAAUCUCACAAAUAAUAUAUAUCCAACAAGUAACUUAAUUGUAAAUAGAACACAGUAUAACACAAAACAAUCUUCAAUUUGGUUCGAUAAGCCCUUACCGAAAGGUUGGCUACAGCUUCAAAAUCUAUCGUAUAGUGGAUUUAAGCGUCAUUCCAAUGGUACCUACAGUCAUAUGAUCCUCGGAGCAAGAAGUUUACCACUUUUAUCCAAUAAGUCAGCAGAAAACUGGAAAUCAUCAGAUUAUUCAAUUUUAUCUGCAGAUGAAAAUCAUCGAAUGCAUUCAUCGGAACGUGCAUAUUCAUUCCGUAAUUUGCAUGCUAAUAAUUUUCACUUGAAGACUAUCAUAGAAGUAGACUCUGGUCCACCAAGUUUUCAUGAAUUAUCCACUAACAAAGCCGAUUCAUAUGAUAGUGAUAAAAAUAAUCUGGUGUGUGAUAACACAGAUCUCGAGGAAAGCAAAAGUUUUCAACAAGAAUGCAAAGCAAAAAAGACAAAGUCUCGGACACUGCCAGAAGUUUGGAUAUCACCUAGUCAAAGUAUAGAAUUUCUUCCAAAUUCAAGGCAGAUAUUGUGCAGAGAUCAAAAACUUCGAUAUCACUAUCCCCUACGAUCUGCGGUUAUUGGUUCCAAUCCAAACUCGACAAACAGUCUGCUGAUGCCUAAAAGUUAUGAUCUUGAAACGCAAACUACUUAUCAUGAUGCUUUCAGAAAAUUGCGUAAUGCACGUAAAGACUUAAGGUUUGGUGUGUUUAGUGAUACUGAGCUACUGACUGGCAAGUUUAUAAUCACAUCAACCGAAGAUUCAGCAAUUGACAGUGGUGAUGAAGAUUUCCAUAGUUCAGUUGAUUCACUGUGUGUUAAAAGCUUUUUGACAAAAUCUAAUCUAAAAACAACGUCGUUAAGUUUAACUACCACCAUAGCUAAACAUAAUUCUCAUAUUAACGCCAGUAACCCUAUUAGUAAUGCUAAUGAUUGUAACAGUAACUGGGACUCAGACUUCAAAACAGCUGUGCUGGAAGUAAAUGACGAUGAAUACAAAGAAGAUAUUACACCUGAUAGUCAACUUGUUCAAAUGAAUUGUCGAUUGAAAUUUUCCAGCAUGAAUGACCAAAAUGAGUGUGACAAUUUCAAUUCAGACCCAACCACUAAGCAACGAGAUAGCAUAUGUGACAACACAAAGCGGAAUACAAAUUCGAUUGAACCAAGUAACACUCCAAAAUGUCAAAAAGAUAUUCCAGAUCCAACGACCAACACCAAUUCCACAACAGAUCUACAGUGUAAUACUAGAGCAGCUGUCCCACCGCCUGUAGUAAUCUAUCGACGACGAUUCCAAAAGCUCGCUUCCAAAAGAAUAUCAAAGUUUUCAGGUCAUCAAAAAUCCUCAGAUUGUGUUGCAAACAAAACUUUGAAUGAAAUAAAGUCAUUCAGAAAUACGAUGAAAGAAAUAACGUGCACUCUUACGACGAUCAAUACUGCCACUACUGUUACUACUGUUGCUACUACAACAAAUAGUCAAACAGUCACUGGAAUAAAACACUCCAAAACAACUUCAAUAAGUGAAAAUAAUCAUCUCAGCAAAUCACAAUGUACGAAAGAGACUUUACACUCAGUGAUGCCUACCUCUAUUAAUAACGUGUCAGAAAAUAUUGAAAAAUCCCCAAAUAACAUUACAACCAGCCGUAGUGUGACAGAAAGACAGUCACUAAUGGAAAAAAUUCAAAGUAAACGCUUUUUUAAAUCACCUAGUAAGUCAAUACAAUCUGCAACCAAUAAACUUGCAUCCUCUUCCUCCUCAUCAUCUUCCUCUUCACAACAUACUACCAAAAUAAGAAUGCCUCAAGUCGAUAUUCAUCAUCAUAAUCCAACACAUAUAUCUGCGUCAUUCACAAAGUCUUCUUGCUCAAGUGAUACUAAGAAGAAUUUGUCACUUAAAAAUCCUAUGAGUGAUCAAGCAACUUCUAAAGUUGGCAGUUAUAUGUCUUCAUCUUUGACAAUAAAGUCAGUAAAUGGUAAUAAAUCUACAGCAUCAAGUACACUAACUUCCCCUGAAAUACGUCGACUGAGAAAUAUUUCCCACACUUCUUCAAGAUCACCAAUUACCACAACAGUGAAUAGUUUAAAACAUUGUAGCUUCAAUACUACUCGUUCAUGUUAUUCAAAUUCAUCUCCAACGUCACCGAUUUCGUUGAGCAGUAAUUGUAACAACUCAAAACACAAUAAUAAAGAAUGUGACAUACUCCCGCCUAUCUCACCAGUGUUUGAUGGUAAACCUAUAUUAGAUGAAAAAACGAGAAAAAGUUCUAUUCCUUCAUCAUCUCCCAACACUCCAACAGUGAAAGAUCCGUCUUUGAAAAAAGUUAAUAAAAUUAUUAAUAAGCCCAAGGUUAAUUCUGAAAAACUACACCGUCGAAUACCAUGUAUUAAUGAAACUGCAGAAUGUGAAAAAGUUUUCUAUAGUAAUGCACCACCGCCUAUACCACCACGUACUACUUCAAGGUUACAAACAUAUCAGGGUAAAAUGGUAGUGCUAAAACCAAAAUGUUUGAGUGUUACCAACAGUCCUUACACAUCAAAUCACGAAGAAUUAUGUCUAUCAACUGAAUUGCAUGCAAAUUCGAAUGAUUCUUUUGAAGAUUUAAAUCGUUGUGGUAAUGUCAGUAACUUAUCACCUUUGUCUUCACAAUGGAAGCCUUUAAGUUAUUCAAAAAUAGCAACACUUGUCAAUCCACCCUACAAGCGUCCUUCAGAAAUUCCGGUUAAUAAAUCUAUGGUCACCUCACCAAUAAUAUCAACACCAUCACCAGUGCUUAUAUCAACCAUUCCAAAUGACUCCACGUCAUUCUCGCAAAAAAAUGCUUGUAAUAAGAUGAGUGGAUUGAAUAGAAAUUCAUUCAUUGUAAACUCAGUAGAUCUAAGUGGUGAGCAAACCUUAAUCCAUCCAAUAAACUAUUCGUCAAACUACUGCAAUAACAGGAAAAUGGAUAACUCUAACUUGCAUCUUCAAUACAACACAACAACAACAACAAUAACAACAGCUAUGCCUCCAAUGAAAACCAAUGACUAUGGUGAAACAAUAAUUCACCAGCAUCAAUAUCUUCCACAUUUACAGAAACAUUCAUAUCAUCCACAUGAAUACCAACCAUUUUAUCACCCACCUCAUUCUCAUCUCUAUCCGCUUCAAGAUCAUCAUCAUCAAUAUCAUCAUCAUCAUCAUUUUGAGCAAAACCUACAUCGAUUCCCCGUCAACAAUAUUCCUACUAACAACAAUAAUUUAGUAUUGAGUACAAUGUACGACAGUUUCAAUUAUGGUAAGGAACCAUCCUCAAUUUAUACAACAAACAAAUUGCCAACAAUUUCACGACAUAAUGAUAAAGACACUAAUAUAAUGAGCAAUACGAAACCAGAAUUGUUUUAG